GCUGGUCAAGGCGGGGAACUUCCCGGGGUAGACGGACAGUUAGCGGGCAGACACCUCUCACCGGUGCCGCUGUUUGUUGCCUAAUUCACCUGAAAGCAGAUCGGCUGACUUCAAUAUUCUGCAAGUAUUAAAGAUGUGGAGUUGGCUUGGGAGAGGCUGAAGGAAGCCAAAGACAUGCUUUGCUUGGUUGAGGACAGCUUUGGUAUCCAGGACAGAAUAAUAGAUCCACCGCGGACAGAAGGAACAAGGGUGAAGCAGGACAGAGAGCCAGCAAUGGAAGGAGAGUCAAACCCAGAGACAGACUUUUCGAAGACUGUCAGAAGCCUCAGAACACAGAACGCUGACUGGACCUCCCUCAGGCCACACAGCAGCUUGAUCCAGAUCUCACCUGAGAGCACCAGAACACUUCCCUGCAGUGGGGUCCUGUCUGAGAAGACAAACCUGCCCCAGAGCACUCCUGAGUGGAGCAGAACCCGAGAACUCACUGAUGACAUCAUCUGCAUCCUCCACAAGCACCAGCCAAUGAGCUGCAGUGUUGGAAGCACAGAGGGAAGAGGAACCCAGAGCCCAGCAGGCAGUAAUGCCUCUCCCCCAUCUCUCUCUCAGCGCAGGCAGCUCCUGAAAUCCGGCUACCCUCCCAGCAGGACCCUGCAGAGCCUGAGAGAACGGAUCCACCAGCAGAGACAGCAGCAUCAGGCUGUGCAGGGCAGCACUACUGAGGUCUACCAGCGGGGGGCGAUCACGAGGAAGGUCAGGAAGGUCACCUUCGCACCUCCCCCUCCCAUCUGUAGAGGGUUCACCGUUGUGCCUGAGAGAACAGAGAGCCCAGGUGAAGGCAGAGCCAGCCUCCAACCCAGCAGCAAAGGGACAACUCACAGGAGGGACAAGACACAGGGAACUGGGGGUCGCUUGAAAAGCCCAAGACUGAAGAAAACAACCUCACCCAGCACUCCUCCUUGCAGAGACGUGAGCAGACAGACAAGAGGCCGGUCUCCGGGGGUGUCUGCCUGGCGAGAUGGACAGCGCCUGGUGAGGAUGCUACUGGGGCCCGUCCCCCGACCUAAGAGGGGAGAGAGCGCCACCCAGGGGCCAGGAGAGUCACAGUUUUCAGAAGAGAAAAAUGACAUCAAACCUCCCUCAAAGAAGAAACUCUUUCCAUCCAAUGGGAACCCUGGCCUUUCCAAAAGAAGCCCAUCCUUGUUAAAGAGAAGCCCCUCCCCCUCUCAAAGAACUACCGCCUUGCCAAAGAGAAGCCCCUCCCCCUCCCAAAGAACCAUCGCUUUGUCAAAGAGAAGCCCCACCCCCUCCCAAAGGACCACCGCCUUGUCAAAGAGAAGCCCCUCUCAAAUAAGCACAGUCUUGUCAAAGAAAAGUACCUCACCUUCGCAUAGCCCCUCCCAGAAAAGCCCAAUACGCUCAACAAGAAGCCCUGUUCCUUCACAAAGCCCCACCCACAGCAAGAGACAUCAGGAUCCACAAAGUGGAAACUCCUCCCCUCCUACUUCAAGCUCUGCACCUAAAGGAAGAACAGCUGGAUGGGGUGGGAAGGAAAACACAGUGCCACAGGAACCACAGCGCACCCCUAAGGCCCGGAGCUACAGUGUAGAGGAGGUGCGUGCCUUUAUGGGGCGGCGGGCGAAAGAGAGGACGAGGCGAGCUCUGGAGGAGAGACGUGAGGCCCGCAGGGAAGAUGAGAGGAGGAGGGGGCUGCUGGAGGAGGUGCUCAGAAAACAGAGGGAUGCCCUGCACAGAACCCAGGGGAGCCGAAGUCCAGGAGCAUACAGCAGGAAGAGGCAGAGAGACACCGACACCAAGAAGGAGGGGCCUGCUGCAGGGGGGCAGAGUGAUGGAGACAACCAGGACCGGCUGCAGUGGAGUGGGGACAGGGUAGGGAGAGCGCAGCAGCAGUGCAGAGGAGCUCCACUAGAGUUGUUGAGUGUGGAAGGCGCACAGAGGGAGGUUUGCAGCUUGAGUCCACUGAGACUAGCUGACCUGGCCCCCGCAGGGAGGCUGGCAGGGGGAGCUGGCACUGCGCCGCUGAGCCGGGCAGAGAGAGUCGAGGCUAUCAGACAGGCUGCAGCAGCACUGGGCACCCGUGUUGAGACUGAGAUUGCCAGGCUAUCUGUCGGUGCAAGAGCCAGGCAGCAGACUGUGCCAGGAUGCUCCAAGACUGGCCAGUCAGGCACCUCUGCCCUGCCCAGAGACCUGGACUCCACCUCCGUUAGUGAGGAGCUGCCCUGGAGUGAGGAUCCUGAACAGCCUGGGGGCAGAGGGACACAGCCUGACUCUACAGGGUCGACCCGAGGAGUGUGUAAGGAGAGGAAGCAGAAGGCAGGCAGAGUAGGGACAGCAAAGACUGGAGCACAGAGUGGUAGCCUUCCACCAGGGAGGUUGGUAAGAGGGGGUACAGAGAACCGAGUUGAGAAAGAGAGACAGCAGGAGACAUCACAGGCCGGACAGCGAUCCACCUCUCCUGGGACGGGACAGUCCAGGACACAGCCUUCCUUCAAGGGGAGCACACAGACAGGCCCUGAGGCGCUGAGUGAUGACGUAGGGGGACCGGGGGCCAGCGAGGCAAGUCAGAAGGCAGAGGCCAGUAGCAGCAGUGAGGCUGACACAGAGUCCACCAGCAAGUGGAGCGAGGUGAGUCAGUUCUUUGGCAGGGGUGAGAUGCUGAACCGCUUGUCCCUGGAGCUAUCCCAGCAGACCCUGCGUGACGAGGAGCUGCGUGCCCGGCACCACAGUGCCCUCUUCAGGCUGCGAGAGGAGGCGCUGAGUGAGAAGACCCAUGCAGAGUUAGCCUGGCUCGAGCACCAGAAAAUGUGUCUGAGAGAAGGAGAGGAGGACACUCUGGCUGAGAUUGCAAGGCGACAGGAGGAUGUCCUUUGCACCCUGCGGCAGGAGAAGACUGAAAUCCGGCACCUUCAGAGUGUGUACAGAGCUGCUCGGCAACAGAGGAAACUACUUCUGAGACAUCAGAGAGAGAUCCUGGGCAUCCAGAGAGCUGCUGCACUAAUAAAGAGUAAACUACUGGGAGACUCUGCACUGAACCAACAGAAUCCAGAGAGUGCAGAGCAGCAGCUACAAGGAGGUCUGGAGAAUAACACUGCACUGCACCAGUUACAGGGGGAUCUGAGCAAACACAGUGCAGUGCAUCGUAGCCAGGGAAAACUAAAGAAACGCUGUGCACUACGCCAGUUCCAAGAUGAUGUAAAGAAAGAUGGGGCUGUACAUCAAUCACAUAGGGACCUACACAAAUACUGCGCAUUGCAGCUGUCACAGAGAGAUCUGCAUGAAAACACAGCAGUGCUCCACUUACAAGGGGAUCUGAAUAAAUACAGUGAGGUACAGCAGGAAGACACCAAACUGCAUCAAUUACAGGGGAGUCCUGAGGAAUUCACCACUCUGAACAAAUUAAAGGGGGACCAUGAGGAAGACACCACUUUGCAUAAUUUAAAGGGGGGUCCUCAGGAAGGCACUACUCUGCACCAUUUAGAGGAUGGUCCACAGGAAGACACUUUGGAAGACAUCACUCUAUAUGACUUACAGGGGGAAGAACCAGCAAGAACAGCUCAGCAAAAGCUACAAGAAGAUCCUCAGAAAGACACCACUUUGCACAAGUUACCAGGGAGUCCUUUUGAAGACCCUGCUUUGCACAACAUUCGGGGGGAUAGCCAGGAAGACAGCACUCUGCAUCAGUUACACAGUGAUGUCCAAAAACACUUCACUGAUGACCGUGGGAACACUACUUGGGAGCAGAUUCCAGACCAAAGCAGCUCUUCUGAGAAGCCUGGAAGCUCACCUGGUCCAGAGCCCAGGGAGAGACGGCGCCGGGUGGCGGAGCAUGUCCAGAACACGAGCAGUGAGCUGGGAGACAGCCGACAGAGAUGGGAGGACAGAUUUGUGAUAAAGACAGAAAGAGACACCUGUCCAACAGAGGGGAGCUGGAACUGGGAAAAGAGAAAGAGUGAUCCAGAGAUCCUGGGCUUGGAAACAGAUAUUCUUCACUCAGAUCCAGAGUACAAUGAGCAGGAUAUCCAGAAUCUGGAAACAAAGCAGAGCGAGCUGGAUAGUCUCCACUCCGAUCAGGAGAACAGUGAUACGGAUAACCAGGAAUGGGAUGAUAAGGAGUGGGGCUCCGAGGAUCACGAGACUGGGAAGAUUGUGGAGGGAUCAAAGCAUGUGGUAGAGGACAGGACACAGACAGAUGGACAGGUGAUUGAAGGAAAGGCAUGCAAUUUAGAAUCUGAGAAAGAAGAGCGUUCACAAAAAAACAUAGCUGGCUAUGAGUCUUCAGAAGAAGAAUCAUCUUGUUCCAGGUUCAAUUUGAAGCUCCACUUGUCCUCUAAUUCAAAUGAUCUUUCAUGGAAGUCACAGAAAAGUUUGGGGUCAUAUCCCUCACUCCAAGAAUUCCAGAAAGCAUCUGCCGUUCUUAUAAACAUAUCUGAGACAUCGAUCUCCUCUUUGGAAACUGAGGAAGAAAUCCCUUUAGACACAGAGAGCAGUAAAGGGGAAGUGCUAGAGACAGGCAGCCCACAGGGCCUUGGUUCACCUGAUACUAAGUCAACGAGAAUGUCUAAUGAAGCUUCUCCUAUUAAGGAAGAAUGUUCUGAAGAGGUUAACCAACAACAGAUAACCAAAGUACCUAGAGAUUCAAUGAGGCAUAAUUCUCAAAAUGACUAUUUAACUCAAAGUGGUCUUUUAGUUGACCACAACCCAUUCAAAAGCAAGCAGUGCAUUCUCCCACAAUUUCCAGGAGCAGUAGGAGGCCAGUUCCAUCAGAGCUACACUGUGGUGAAAGAGAGUAAGAAAGAUCUCCAGGACAUUAGUGAGUCCAUUUUACCCAGAGUUGAGUUCCCAAAAGGUACAUCAUCAGCAGAACAAACUACAGAAGGCAAGCCAAACAAGGGAUGCCUAUUCCUGGAUCUUGAACCCAGAAGCCCUGAUAGCUCACUGAAAAUAUCUGCUUCCAGCAGUGACAACUUCUCAGAGAGUGAAGCACCAGAGCCCCAGGAAGAAUUCUCCCUGAGCAGCCCAGAACUGGUUUCUUCAAGGGAGGAGCAGAUUAUACUAGAGGGGAUAGAAUGGCAAGGAAAAGGCACCUCAGAUCAUGAAAAUAAUUUAAAACCAUUGGCCCAAAGUAAAGCUUCCAGAGAAACUGAAUCACAGGUUACAAAGAACAGUACUGGCCAACCAUGCCCAGAAACACCCAGCUCCCUGACACCAAAGCUUAAAAGGGUCUUUGAAAGACAUGUAGAACUAAGUUCCUCAGGUAGAGUCUUAGAAAAAGAACAGGCUCCCAAAGAUAGCCCAUUAUCUCGUUCUGCAAUGAGAGAUUGUGCUUCCAUUAAUUCAAGGCGGCCACUGUCUGACGAGAACUUAUCGGAGAUCGUGUCACCGGUGGAUGAGGUACUGUCCUAUGGGAGUGCUGAACUCCCUCCACCUAUUGCAAGAGAGUCAGGCUGUGAAGAUUUUGAUGAUUUGCCCCUCCCUCCACCUCCCCCUGCAGGUGAGGUGAUUACAUGGACAAGUGAGGAUGCCUCAUUUCAAAGCGAAGACUUCCCCCUACCACCAGAAGAACUGGGACAUUUUGGGAAGGAGAGACCUCAAUUCCCAGCAGAUGAUGACCCCUCGAUCAAGAGCGAGGACUUACCAUCCCUAUCAGAGGAUCUGGCCCCUCCUGUUGAGGAGUGUUACACAGAGGAGCUGAACAGCUCUCUGCAAGAGAAGCAGCUCUUGGAUCCUAUGGAUAAAAGUAUGGUAGCAGUAAAUCAUAAGUGUGAAAAGCAAACUCUUGAGGUUGAAGCUAAUGGGUCUCAAUUUCAGCCUUCACAGGAAAAUGUAGAACACCAAGAACAGAGCUCCCAGCAUUCCAAGAAGGGAAACCCAUUUGUAACUCUGACCAGUGCUGAUGAAAGCGACUCAGACUCAUUGUCAGACCCAUUGUCAUCCUUCCACAUUGGAGACCGAGUGUUGGUGUGCCACACCAAGCCUGGGGUUCUGAAGUUCAAAGGGCUCACCAGUUUUGCAACUGGACAUUGGGCUGGGGUUGCCCUAGACAGUCCAUCCGGACAUCACAAUGGCACCUACCGAGGCAUCCGGUAUUUUGAAUGUCCUAAAAACUGUGGUGUCCUGGUCAGAGCCGAGGACAUAUCUCACCUUCUGGGGGGCCAAGAGACUGACUCAGAUUUCAAAGCCAAUGAAGGUCCUUUCUCAGAUGGAGACUCACCUGAGAAAUUUAGAUCCCUAAGAGAUAAUAUAGGGGACAGGGGAUCAUCUGAGGGCAGCGGGGAAGGAAGAGAAAAGAGGAGUGGGGAAAAGAGAGGGAAGCAGCCUAGUGGGGAAAAUGGAGAAAAGCGGUCUACAGCCCCUAAAGUGUGUGAAGCUGGCUCAUACAGCCUGGCUUUUGAGGAGAUGAAUAACAAUAUACAGAACACAGCUGUGUUUAUUGAGGAAGAAUGGAACUUGGCACAAUCCAUUCCCUCUUCCACGGCAUCAGAGUUCAGUGCAGGAGAGACGGACCUCCAGCAGAUCAUCAAAGAAGCUGCAAGGGCUGUGGAGCUGCUUGCAAACCCUGAGUCCAAGCAGAAUGAACAGGACAUCUACUUGAAGCUGGAUAGUAGUGUUACAACAAAUACAAAUAAGAAACUAGGUAGUCAACUACCGGCAGAUAGAAUGAUUCAAGAACUACCUGAAACCAUCCAAAGAAAAUCUCAGAGCAUUUCAGGAGCUCCACUAAUUGGGGAACGCCAUACACACAAAGAGGAGAUGGGCGAUUCAAGCACCAUUGACAGCUCUGUGCUGUCUUGUCUGGUGCACAGUGUUGCAGUGGAGUUAUUGAGUGAGGUGGUGAGGGAGUUCCAAGGGAUCCGGAAUAGAAAGCAGCAGCAGGAGGUUGUGAGGACCAGAGGAACUCUGACCAACACCCCCAAGAGCCAUGAACCUGGUGCUGGUAUCCCAGGAAGCCAGACAAUUGAGAAGUGUCAGCAGGAGCCCCACUCCCCCAGCAUAUUAUGCUAUUUGGACCAGUGGCAGUGCACUACUUCGACAGGACCCCCCCUGGAAGGCAAACGCCUCCAUGACCCUGCACGUGUACGAACCCUGGUGGGGAGCGCAGUGGAGAGGCUAUGGAUCCAGGCAACAGGUCAGAAGGUUGGGGAAUGUGGUGUUCAGGGAAAGAGAGAAGAGGAAGACUGUAUGGCCGAUGAAGAAAGCAGGAAGGCCUAUAAACAGGUCAUAUUUGAUCUAACCUCAGAUAUAUUUCAUGAAGCUUUUCAAGAGGAUCUGAACACCAGUACUUCCCUAUGGCGGGGGAAGGGUGUCUCCACCCUCUCAGCUCUACUGUCCAGCAGGCCCACCCUCAAGGAAGUCAAGUCUGCCAUGCAGGUGGAGGUUCUGAGACUGCUCAAUCUGGACUGCAGCGACCUGGAGAUGAGGAGGAUUCUACAGAAGAUGUCCAAGUUUGGGAAAGCUCAAAGAGACAGGGUGGACUACAUUCUGAUCCAGGAGCUGCAUCAGGAGGAGCCGCAGUGGAUGGACUACAGCGCCGACGAGCUCAGUGUGAAGAUGAGGCUGACAGAGGAGAUCUUCGAUGCUCUACUGCAGGACACCAUCAAGGUCCUCAAACACAUUGAUGGAGCGCCUCCUAGUGCCAGCCCACGUGCACUGCAACCUGCCUUCAGCACAGGCUGAGCUAGGCCUUUGCAGCACUCAACCUAUUGAACCAGGAUAAUAACUCUGAUAUGACAGGAACCCCUGUAGACUCACUACAGUGUAAAGUCUCCACCACUUCCUUCUCUGCGAGCAAUCCAAAAUACUAAUUAAGGGAACUACAUGCAAUAAAGUCAUACUUGCUCUAUAAGUGGUACGGACUUUGCACUGAAGUGAAAUCAUUGUUUUUAUUUUUUAUGUGGUCUAGGGUUAGGCUUUUGGAGUUUAAUAUUUUCAACUGAAGGGAAGAAAUUAAGCCAUCAUCAUCACGUUUACUGCAUGUCAUCUUACACCAGGGUUGUUUGUGUAGUAGAUUACUUUUUAGAACUGAAGCACGAUUGUAUUUCUUUACCAUUUAAAAUGUUAUAUUUAUACAUGCACAAGAACACAUAAACAUGCAUUGUCUCUAGUUUACCUUUAUCUCUGAUAUAAUCCACUUCGCUUUCAGGCUCUGGUCUAACAAUGAGGCUGCUAUCCAUUUAGUCUCAUUCUCAACUUAUGCAAUGCAGUACCAAAAAGGUGCUGUGGUAAUUAGUUUCUUUCUCAAUUUGGGCUCAGCUACCUUCACGUUCUCUCUUAAUCACCACUUUUCUCCUGCAUGUGUUUAAGGCAUUCAGUUAAGAUAUUGUGGCAACUAACGCUUUCAACAAUAUUCACCAUGUUGCUGAAAACAAAACAGUUUAGAUUGUGUUGCUUGAACUUUUCACAUGGUAAAAACUUUGCAACAUUUAAAAAGUUGCUUCAGUACAGUAGGUCUUGAGUAUAAGUGUUUGGUGGCUACCUCUAAUCAAGUUGAGAGUGUUUUUCUCAUGCACUCUUUGCUGUGCCAGGCCUGUGAGGGAAGCCUGCGAGACUCUGGGUCUGUCAUACAAACAGUGCAAAAGAAAAUACACUCUCAGCUUGAUCGAGCUAGCCACUGGACCUUAGAAACACAUUAGAAGUUAAAUACAUCUAACUAAAAACAAAAAAAGACCAUAUUAACAUAUGCAGUGUGUUUCUGUAGAUUCUGUUUAGGUUUACACAUUAGAAUUAUUUGUCAUUGACAUUCUGAGUGUAAAAUAUAUGCUCUCAGCGAAACAUUAUAAUUGCAGUUACUGGUAAUAGGUUCUAGUGGGGAGGUGCCUUAAAAUGAAAGUUUAAAAACUCCUUUCAGCACAGGAAACUGUGUAAAUACAAACCUCUUAUACCUGUGAUUGGUAUGCCUAAAUAAUUGCACUGCAUAGACACUAACAAUAGUAGUUAUUAUUACUAUUACUUGUAGCUAUACUUCAGUAGCUUAUACAGCAUGCAGCUCUAAAUUGAAUAAUCAAAUAUAUUAUUUAUUGGUUUUUUACAAUCAUUUUAUUAACCAGUGAUAAUGUUAGCAUGAACACAGAGUGUGAAAAAAAGAUUGAUAAUUUAAUAGUUUGUGAUAAUGACGACACAGUGUGUACAAGGUUGACAAUUAAUUCAAAUAAUGAUCACUAUUCACAAACAGUUAUUUAAUAAAUUACUUAUAUUUUAUAUAUAUUCAUGAAACUCUUGCUUGGUUGUUUAAAAGGGGCUCUAAAACACAGACAUGAGCGACACGAGGCAUGUGCACAUAGCUGUCUCUGCCCCUGCACACUCAUGUCAGGCUGUCUUUCAACUGAUUUCCUUCAAGACCGACAAGGAGGGCAUAGACAUGAGUGACACCAAGCAUGUCUACUUAGAUGUUUCUUCCACUGCACACAGACUCUGAUUAGUACUAAUCGUGUCUUACUUUACCUAAAAUAACAUUAGGAAGUCCAAAAUGAGUGUUAAUCUAGGUCUGUGAAACCAGCUAUAUAAAUUCAGCUGGUACAUCAGAGUGUAACUAUUAAUCUGUCCCCCUGCAACACUGGGCUUUUCCUGGAUGUAAGAAAUAUCAGAAAGAAAUACUGCAUAGCACAAACGUAGUAUUUCUUACAUCCACCAGGGGCAGAGUUUUGCAGAUGGACAGUUUAAUGGUUACACUCUGGUGUACUGGCUGACUUAAAGAGAUUGGCUGGGGUGGGUUCUCCUACUGGCACCAGAUGACUGACGAGUCAGCAGGAACAGGCUGCCCAAUGAUCUUCAGUCCUCCUGAGUUGAUAUGCAGGUUGCUGCAGUGAAGGGACAAACUGGCGAUUUCAAAUUGGGGUGAAGGCGGGGGUAAAAUACAUGACUGAGCAUUCUAAAAAAAAAAGGCAUUGGUUACAAAAUGUCAAACACAGAAAUGUGUCUGUGUAUAUUUGUUCUUAUUGUAUAUCAGCCUGUCAUGAGCCCCAUGUUCCCCUGCAGUUUGAAUGGCAACAGCACAGACACACAUGUCUGCAUGCCUUAGUUUCGAUCUGGAGGUUCAAAUCUUUUAAAUGAGUAAUUUUGUGGCUCUAUGUACUCUUGGCCAAUUGAACAAGCUUGCAUUUGGCAAUAUCUCAGGGCUCACGUUUACUCUGUACCAAAAUAACGCCUGUUUUAAUUAGGCAGAUUGAUGUCUUGUGUAUAUUAUUUAUCAUCCAUCCAGUACCAGUAACACAGAUUGAAUAUAGGGCCGCUGCAACUGAGCUCAGGGCACUCUCCUGACCAAUCCAGUUUUGACAUGUUACUUGUGAGUACAGUAAUGUACAUCUUCAUCUUCCAUCUCAAUGUCGUCUUGCUCCAGUAUCAAACUGGAGUUGUUUGUAUAAUUGGUAUUUAUAUUGGACCAGCGCACAGUUUUAACUGGGCAGACAGAGUCCCAAUUGAAAUCUGUUUGAUCUGCUGAUAAUGGAAAAGAACAAGUCUGAUUCCCAGUGAUGGGUAUGUGUCUUAAACAGUAUGUAAAAAAAAACAAACUCAAGACUCAUAACAGCAGAUUUAAACUUGGUUUCUUCAAUUGCCCGCCUCACUGUUGCGUAGCAAAUGGUUACUCGGUAAUAACUGCUUCCAGCGUGAGCACUGUGCUGUAAAGAAACUACUGAUUUUUAUUUAUGAAAUAUAUAUUUUUAUACCAUACUCUUUGAGUUUAUACUGAUUUGUUAUAUUUGCAACUGACCCAAAUAAAGUUUGCUGUGUUUUACACAACUGAAGUUAA